AUGGGUCUUCUCCCAUUACUUGAUGCAUCUGAUGUUUUAGUUCUCCAUUGUCCAUUGUGUUAUUUUCAUACACAUUGGUUGAAUCAUCUUGAAAUUCAUUUCAAUCAUGAACAUUCGAGUGAAAAUGUGGAUUUUAUGCUUUAUCAGUGUUCUGUAUGUCGAAAGAUUGCAUCAUGUAAGACAUUCCUCAAUGAGCAUAUUGAUAUACGUCAUAAAAGAAAUGUGAAGUCUACACUUCAAUCGUGUAGAACUCAAUCACCAAAUGAUACAAUCCAGAUCAUGAGAAUACAUGUUUUCAACCAACAGAUCCUGAAGUCGUGGAUAAUGGGACUAACAAUGCCUCGACUACAACUAUUGAUGCGACUACUAAGAGGUGUGAUAACAGUGGUAAUCUAUUAUACCUAG